GGAAACUGGAGCGCUCUACUAUCAGGCUUCAUUACUUUCCUGUCGGCUGUCUGCACCUGUAGUGUCUAAAAAUGAACCGGUUCAGGGAGGAAGCUGCCUCUGAGAAGGAAAGGAAGCCAGCAGGGGAGGAGAGUGAAGAGCCGUCCAGCAAACUCCCCAGCACCUUUUCUGAAAUGUUGACCCCGUCUGGAAAGAAGCGUCGUCUGGAGGAGAAGCUGAGGUUCAUGAAGAGGAGAGGGCGGCUGGCAGAGGCCAACAGGGAUGAGCAGUCUGCCAAACUCCCCAGAACCUCCUCCUAUGGAAGGUUGACCCCGUCUGGAAAGAAGCGUCGUCUGGAGGAGAAGCUGAGGUUCAUGAAGGAGGAAGCUGCCUCUGAGAUGGAAAGGAAGCCAGCAGGGGAGGAGAGUGGAGAACUCCCCAGCACCUCUUCUGGAAUGCCCCGAACUAUCUUUUCCCAGUGGGGUUACCCUCCAGGUCCUCCUCCUCCUUCCUUUCUGUCUAAUCUAGGACGUUUUUCUGGUAGCUCAGGACAGCUCAGGUCACAGAGAACGUUGGCUGUUCCAGCUCUGCUGCUGACCACUCUGGAGGAGAUGAACCCACAAGAGCUGAAGACAUUUCAGUCUUUCCUGACUAGUGGCCUGCUGCCUGACUGUCCUCCCAUCCCAGAGAGUCAGCUGGAGAACGAUGACAUACAGGUCAUAGUGGGUCAGAUGGUGAAGACAUACGGCCCUGAGAGAGCUGUGGAGAUCACACUGAGGAUCCUGAGGGGGAUGAAGCGGGUAGACCUAGCAGAGAAGUUAGAGACAGAUCACAGAGGAGGUACUGCCUCAACCUCUCACCUGCCCUUAUUCCCACCAGGCCUCGAUCCGUCCUCUCCCCUGUGUGGUUACCCCCCAUUUCCCCCCUUCUCUCCAGCUCUAUCUUCUUCCCAGUGUGGUUACCAUCCAGGUCCUCCUCCUCCUUUCUUUCUGUCUCAUCUACGACGUUUUUCUGGUAGCUCAGGACAGCUCAGGUCACAGGAGGAAGCUGCCUCUGAGAUGGAAAGGAAGCCAGCAGGGGAGGAGAGUGGAGAACUGUCCAGCACCUCUUCUGGAAU